AUCAUUACUGGACGAAAUAGUUUACUUUCAAAUUGGCUGUCCACAAUGUAUUCGAUUCGAGCACUUCCUACGACUACUCCUCCAAUAAAUCACCAUCACUUUUAAAGGUAAAAUAUGGAUGCACGACCUAUAUUGUCAGUACAUACGAUAUUUUUGGCGCGAGUGCGCUGCAUAUGCGACAAUUAUGCACUUUCGGCGGCGAAUCCUGAACUUUACAGUGGUUAUCGCUUGCUGUGCGAUUGAGCUGCGCACAAAAUAUUGUGAUAAACUCCUUUAAGUACACAUACGUCUGAAUUUCAUAGUUUCUACUUGAAGUUUGUUUUUUAGUUCCUUAAUUUUUAGUACAUCAAUGUUAUUGUGAAAUGUUAUGUAUUUCUACUACAAUAACUGAUUUUCUAUUCAUUAAACAAAGUGAAAUAUUUUAUAACACAUGUGAUUUUUAGACACUUAUACAGUUUCAACACAAUAAGCGACAAGUGAUACGAUUUUAGCAUUAGUCUCCAUAAAACACUUGUGAUAGAUGCAUAUAUAUAGGAAGGUUACAUCAUAUGGAACAAAUAUUUGCGAGUUUAAACUGGCCGACAUGAACAUUAUUGAUUAAAUAUUUGUUAUCUUUACACUCUUUGCCAUACAUGAUAUUUAAGACGUCGGAAAGUACCUGUGAUCGACCUCGUAUUUUAUUGGGAACACCACAGAGUCGUCGGAUGUGGAUUAUGUAUGACACUUAAAUGAAGUAAACAACGUUACUUUUCCCAUGCAUCUUGAUAUUAUAAAAGAGUUAUGGAUUCUAACAAGUGAAAUCAAAACUUAAAACCUUAUCUAGAAAACAAACAAACUUAGAAAUGAGACUCAAAAAUAUAAAGAAACUAAGCGUAUUGUAAAGAUUUUGUAAAUAUAUUAAAAACAAAUUGGAUAAACUUCACAAGACGUCUAAUGUAGUAUGGAUCAAACUCACGAGUUACUUAUUACUGAAAUGACAAUAUCUUUUGAGACUGAGAAGUUAGUAACUGAUAAAAUGCUGAAAUAAACAAAAAAAAUCAGAAAAAGCGUUUAUUGGAAUUAAAAGAAAAUUAAAGAUAUGUUAGAUUUAAGUAAAGCAACGCUUGAUGCGUUCUACAGAAACAAGAGAUAAGACAUGUGUGACAUUCCAUGAAGGCAUUUCUGGUUCUUACCAGAGUGUAGCUUAAUGAAUAAUCUAAAGUAAUAUCAAUUUGUGGCUUUGUCGAAUUAUAAGAAGUAGUACUAAGAUGGAAGUUGGCGGUAGGUUAUUGAAUCGUACUCAAAUAACAUCUAUUGACGAAGGUCAUAAAAAUUGUAACUUGGAGGAAUCACAAGCUAGAAAUAAUGAAUGGCAAGCAGAUAUUACAGAUUCUGACACUGGUAUAUUAAAGGACAUAUUUGAUGGGCCCUGUCCAAGACAUAGCACUAAAAAGUGUGAAUUCUAUUGCGAAUGUCACGAUGUUAUUUGCUGUGGGACAUGCGUGAUGUUACUUCAUAGAACUUGUGAGAAAACUGUUCACCUACCUAAAGAAACCGAAAAUGCAAACGCUGCUUUUUCAGAGUCAAAUACGUUCCUCCAAGAUAUUUUAAACAAAAUUAGCAAAAGAAAGCAGGCUUUGGAGAUCUUAUCUAAAGAAAAUACAGAAAUACAGACAGACGUUGAAACGGAUGUCAAAGAUUUCAGGCAAACGAUUGAUUGCCAUUUAGAUAGCAAAACAUCUGAACAAGCAGCAAACAUUGACAAACAAUAUGAGCUUAAUCGGCAAAAUUAUGAAACGAUUCUAAAAAAGAAUACAAAUCUUAAGGUACAUCUUAAGGCGGAGCUCAAUGACAUUGGCUAUUUCAUAUCGAAACAACAACCAGCUAGAGCCUAUCUGAAACUUGAAACUGUUAAACUGGAUGAAAUGAAAGCAAAAGCAAAAGACUUAGAUGAACUGCAGCCCAAAGGCAAGACUUCUCUAAAAUUUGCAUUUAAACCAGGAUAUAUUAUUCAAAGUUCUUUUAAGAAAACAGAAGAGUUUGGCACUGUUUCUAGUACAGGCCCAUCACAAAUUGAAUGUCGUUUUUCGAUUUCAAAAGCUAAAGAGUGCUGCCUCAAUAUUAUGAGAAAUCAUGCAAGUAUUAUCAAAAUAUUAUUUAUUAUCUGUUUUUUGGUGAUUUUACAAGAGCUCAUGUUGUCUGUUCCCAAGGGCCAAGACAGAGUUUUGAAAUCAGUGUACAUUCCUGCUGAAUGGUUGAUACAAUCAAGUUUCUCUGGCUUACAAUUGUUUGUUUCAAGUAUCUAUUUUGGUUUGGUUGAUCUUCCUUCUGUCGUAUUUUCUGGUUGUAUGACACUAGUUUCUGAGAUGUCUUCCGGCGUUGUUUCGCUUAUCGACAGCAUAUAUUCUGGUUUCGUUUGGCUUAUUUACAGCGCAUACUCUAUGUUUGCCUGGUUUAUGUACAGCUUAUAUUCCAGUUUUGUCUGGCUUAUAUGCAGCAUAUAUUCUGGUUUUGUCUGGCUUAUUUACAGCGUGUACUCUGGGUUUGCCUGGCUUAUGUACAACAUAUAUUCUGGUUUUGUAUGGCUCAUAUACAGUGUAUACUCUGGGUUUGCCUGGCUUAUGUUCAGCUUAUAUUCCAGUUUUGUCUGGCUUAUAUGCAGCAUAUAUUCUGGUUUUGUCUGGCUUAUUUACAGCGUGUACUCUGGGUUUGCCUGGCUUAUGCACAACAUAUAUUCUGGUUUUGUAUGGCUCAUUUACAAUGUAUACUCUGGGUUUGCCUGGCUUAUGUUCAGCUUAUAUUCCAGUUUUGUCUGGCUUAUAUGCAGCAUAUAUUCUGGUUUUGUCUGGCUUAUUUACAGCGUGUACUCUUGGUUUGCCUGGCUUAUGUAUAACAUAUAUUCUGGUUUUGUAUGGCUCAUUUACAAUGUAUACUCUGGGUUUGCCUGGCUUAUGUUCAGUUUAUAUUUCAGUUUUGUCUGGCUUAUAUGCAGCGUAUAUUCUGGUUUUGUCUGGCUUAUUUACAGCGUGUACUCUGGGUUUGCCUGGCUAAUGUACAACAUAUAUUCUGGUUUUGUAUGGCUCAUUUACAAUGUAUACUCUGGGUUUGCCUGGCUUAUGUUCAGCUUAUAUUCCAGUUUUGUCUGGCUUAUAUGCAGCAUAUAUUCUGGUUUUGUCUGGCUUAUUUACAGCGUGUACUCUGGGUUUGCCUGGCUUAUGCACAACAUAUAUUCUGGUUUUGUAUGGCUCAUUUACAAUGUAUACUCUGGGUUUGCCUGGCUUAUGUUCAGCUUAUAUUCCAGUUUUGUCUGGCUUAUAUACAUCAUAUAUUCUGGUUUUGUCUGGCUUAUUCACAGCGUGUACUCUGGGUUUGCCUGGUUUAUGUACAGCAUAUAUUUUGGUUUUGUCUGACUUAUUUGCUGCAUAUAUUUUGAUUUGUUUGGCGUAUUUACAGCGUGUACUGUGGUUAUGUUCUCCUUAUUUACAGUAUAAUUUUUCGA